UCUACACACCUCAUCUCUCACACCAUCCUGAGCUGAACAUGGCGGCCAAAGCCCUCUUCUCUCUGUCCCUCUCGUUGGGCAUCCUCAUCUCCCUCUGCUCUGCAGAUUGGAACAUCCUGAACAGCCAGAGAACGAGGAAUGGGGUCAAGAUCAGCUUGAAGAACUACUGCGAGGGCUGGAGGAUGAAUGUAGAGCUCCACAACAUCCGGAAGUUCGAGGUGGUGCCCGAGGAGUGCGUCGAGUACGUCGGCAAGUACAUGAGGUCGACCCAGUACUUGGUCGACUCGGAGCGGGCGGUCGAGGAGUGCAUGGUGUACCUCAGCACCAGCUGCAGCCUGAAGAGGGAUGGCAGGGAUGCAUGGAUCUUUGACAUUGAUGACACUUUGCUGUCUACCGUCCCUUACUUCAAGAAACAUCAGUAUGGGGGGGAGAAGUUGAAUGCGACUUCUUUAGAAGAGUGGAUGAGCAAGGCAAAGGCACCGGCUUUGGAGCACUCGCUCAAUCUAUUCAAUGAGAUCAAGGCCAAAGGCAUUCAGAUCAUCUUGGUCUCUUCCAGGAGGGAACACCUCAGAUCUGCCACCAUUGACAACCUUGUCAAUGUGGGUUUCCAUGGCUGGAGCAGCCUUGUCCUGAGGAGACCUGAGGAUGAGCUGAAAGGAGUGCAGAGCUACAAGGCUGAGGUGAGGGAGAAAUUAGUCAGUGGAGGGUAUCGCAUAUGGGCCAUUCUUGGAGACCAAUACAGCAGCAUCCAGGGACUUCCUAAUGCCAAGAGGACGUUCAAGCUUCCAAAUCCUCUAUACUACAUCUCCUGAAAACAUCAUCUCUUCCAAAUCCUCUACACUACUUUCCAUGUUCCACCAGGCACUUGUCUUUCCUUUGUUGUAUCUUGCCCCCAUUGUCAAUGAAACUCCCCUUACCAAAAA